AUUCCUCUUCUUGGAGUCAUCUAAACCAAAAACCUCUCACACUUUCAGAGAAUGGAAGUUUGAGCUCUGAAACCCCUUUUGCAAGAAACAAUUGUUACAGUCUCCAGCCAAUUUCUAUGCACUGGAGAAGUUUUUUGUUUGACGAGAAUUAAGGUUUUUUUUUUUUGUUUUCAUCUGUAUGAAAUUGAGCUCGAAUUUUUGAUUUUAUCAUCAAAUAAUGGAGGGUGAGCACUCUGAAGAUUCACCGUUGGUGCCGCCGCCAUUGAUCACUGAGCCCUUGGAGAUUGACCUCGAGGCCGGCCCUGAUGAGCAAAUUCAGUGCCGAAUUUGCCUCGAAACUGAUGGUAGAGAUUUUAUUGCUCCUUGCAAGUGCAAAGGGACAUCAAAGUAUGUCCACAGAGAAUGUCUGGAUCAUUGGCGUGCUGUGAAGGAAGGGUUUGCUUUUGCUCACUGCACAACUUGCAAGGCCCCGUAUUAUUUAAGAGUCCAUGUCAUUGCUGAUAGGAAAUGGCGAACAUUGAAGUUCCGAUUUUUCGUCACUAGGGAUAUUCUAUUUAUCUUUUUUGCCGUGCAGCUGGUUAUUUCUCUACUGGCAUACUUGGUGUAUUUUAUUGAUAGUUAUCAGAAAUUUUGGCUUCGUCUGACCUGGGGAUUUGAUGGAGAAUUUAGUUUCUACUACAUCUGUGGAGCACUAUUAUUUUUUGCGUUGCUUGGAUUGUCUGGCUGCUUCAUAACUUGUUAUGAUCGGAGAGUACGCAAUGAUCUAGCACAACCAUGUCGAGAGUUGUGCCUUUGUUGUUGCCAUCCUGGAGUAUGCGCUGAUUGUCAUUUGCCUGGAACACUUUGCAUGUGGACAGACUGUACUACAUGCUUCGAAAGUUGUGCUAGUGCAGCUGGUGAAUGUGGUUGCAUGGGAGGUGCCGGUGAAGCCGGAUUGCCAUUGUUACUAAUAAUGGCUUUAGUCGUGCUCGGUUUAUUUACCGUCAUUGGUAUAUUUUACAGCGUGUUGGUGGCCACAAUGGUUGGACAAAGGAUUUGGCAGCGGCACUACCACAUACUAGCAAAAAGAAUGCUGACGAAAGAGUAUGUUGUUGAGGAUGUUGAUGGUGAGAUGACUGGAGCCGAUUGGUCUCCCCCGCCUCUUCCGUCUGAGCAUGUCCAGCAGCUGAAAGCACUAGGACUUCUAUGAACGGCCGAUUUGACAAGUGGUGAUAUUCACAGAGACGGACUAACUCUGCUCCUUUUAGGUUGGCACCUAAGUCUUUGCAAUUUAAUUAUGAGAAAUCAACGACGUGAAAUGCAUUGAUGUUGUUCAAAUAUGUUGAUAAUCCAGUAUGAGGAAAUGUAUAACUUGUAUGAGUGUGACUGAUAUAAUCCCUAUCUGUUUCUUUACUUUGUGAAAAAGGAAAUGAUUGAUGGCAUAUGUAAUCUGUGAAAUGCAAACUCUGAUUAUGGCUAAAUUGCCGUAUAUCAUCAGUUACACUAGCAAUGAUCUUCUGCUAAGCAUUUGUGAUGUUCAGACAGGAGGCUGAGUCGCGUCGUGAUUGUUGUUAUUACUGGUAUUAUGUGUUGGGUAAAUGUAAAGGUGUUUUGGUUUAUACUUGUAUGAAUGGACUUUUUUCUUUU